CACCGUCUAUCGGUAACAUGACCAAAAUUCCAACCCUUUCUUCCAUCCCAUCCAACCUCGCCCGUCCGUCCAUUGGUCCUCAGGCUUCGGCCUUCACUUCAGCCUUCACAGCCUUCACAGCCCACCACCCGACUACACGACCACACGACCCCACGGUUCGUGCCGGGUGCGACACGCCUGAAAAGUACCUUCUAUCGGUAACAUGCCCGAAAUCCAAACCCACCCGCCCAUCCAACCUCAACCAUCAAUCCAUUCGUCGGAUGUUUACAUCGUGGCGAUGGUGGUGGUGGUGGUGGUUGCGGCCUCAAGCUUCAGCCUUCGUUUACUCGCUUGCAUGUCACACAUAAGCUGGGCUAGGCCAACCACUACCACUAGCAACAUCCACCCACGUUCCUGGAACCCGUCCGGAAGCAUGGAGUUUGGCGGAACCCGAGCAUCCCUGAGACAUUCCUUUAGUGGGAGUCUGGGGGGGAGUCUGAGAUCCGGAAAUCCGAGUCAGGGGUGCGAUUGGAAUAAAAGGGGCGUGCGUGGGUGGCCCGGGUGGGCAGUGGGCAGUGGGGGGCGGGGGCGGGGCGGUUUGGGUUUGGAUUUAACUUUGCGGGAGAAAAGCAAAGAAAGUGAUGUUUACCUACUAGAGCAGGGCAGGGCACUGGGCAGAAGCGCUAGGAAGUUGUGAGUACUUUACAUAUGAUCGCAGAGCUGUUCGUAUACCUACAUAAACUUCCACCGGCCCUGGAGCCAGUCUCCAGUCAAAAGCUGACGACGCUGGAGAUAUCUACUAGUACUAGGAACCUACAUAAUGUAGUAGUUAUAUAGAGUACUGUACUCUAGACUGGUCUGUUAUGUACCAUAUGGAGGGCCAUC